UAGCAAUUUAUAUGAUGAAAAGCACAACAGAAUAUGGGCAGCUGGACCCACCCCACCAAUUUAUAACCUACUAACGACCUUACCAGGUUCUAACCCCCAAUUACAAAAUGACCCUCCCGAUUCAGUGUUACGCACCUCCACCGCAUCAUUCUUCACGUCCUCUCCGAUAAUCAUGACCGUCGAUUUUCCCCCUCAAUCAACCCCACAAUCAGCUUAUUUCGCAUUCUAUUUCACUGAAAUGGCGAUCAGGCCUUCCCCCGACGACACGAGGAUCGUCGAUGUUUACGUCAAUGGUGUGAGGAAGGCCACGGUGACAGUAGAAGUCAGCCAAUGUAAGGUGGUAACAGUGUACCCUGAAAUCCUUGUGGAUACUACGGCUAAUGUAACGUUGGCGGCUGCCGAUUCAUCCACGUUGCCUCCUAUAAUCAGUGCGAUGGAAGUUUUCGCCACCGUUGAUCAUGUUCAAGAUCAUGAUAGAGGUUUCACUGUCGGUGCAUAUGAUCCUCUGAUAUUAACCUUUGUCAUUUUAAUUCAUAUUUUUGUUGUUUUACUCUUUAAUUGAGGCAAAAUUGGUCCUCCCAAGGUAUUUUUCUUCUUCAUUAGUACUUUUAUUUC